AAAAGGGAAGAACAAAAAAUCCUUAAAAUGUUACAGGUCUAACUACGGUUGCGUUACUGUGCUAGGUAAUAGGGAUGGCAACCACAAAGCACCAACCCACCUCCACCAAAACAAACCAUUCACCCCACAAAACCUGGCAACAGCCUCCAAACACCAACCCACCACCAAAACAAACCAUCCACUUAAAUCAAUGAAAAAAAAUAAAGAUCAACAAACCUAGCAUGUAAAACACAAAUCUCAGUAGACAUCAACUCAUCGCCACUAAACUUCAAUGCAAAUCAAUGUGUAAAAACUCAACAACUUAUUAACCCAAAUCAACCCAUCCAAUUGUUACUCAAGUCAACAAUAAACCGUAAUAUUCAAAUCCCAAAAUUGAACAAAUGAUGAAGAAAAUUCGUAAGCUGAGGAGGUGAGAAGAUUGAAUAAGGUUGGUGGGAAAUUAAAACGGCAACCUUGCGUGGCCACCGUUGAGACCUCAUACAACGGCACUCUCACGGCCGGGACUUAUAGCGGUUGAUCAAGGCUGCAACCAGCUAUGGAUUGAGGUUUAGUAAUUAAACAUGACAAAAGAGCAAAUCGAGAAUGGGGGAGAAGAAAUGUUGAUCGACGUUCAUGAUCAAGAAGCUUUUAUUCCUGACGGCUUCAAUGCUAAUUACCUCAAAGUUUAUUACGGAAGGCUUUUUCCUCAUGCUGAUAUCUUCAAGUGGAUGUCCUAUGGAAACGAUGGGAAGCAUCCUGGCUGUGACAACUCCUACUUCGGCCGAAGAGAAUUUUCUUUCACUCUGGAUAAUGAUAUUUAUCUGCGUUUCCAGUCUUUCAACAGUGCUUCUGAGCUGGAAAAUGCCAUUAAAGAAAAGUGUCCAUUUAAAAUAGAUAUUGGGCCUGUCUACAGUGUAGAUCCUGCUAAGAGGCAUGCCUAUGCACAAGGUGGUGAUAAUAAUGUUUUUUCUCCUGUGGAGAGGGAACUUAUUUUUGAUAUUGACAUAUCAGACUACGAUGAUGUUAGAUAUUGCUGCUCAGGUGCUGAUGUAUGCUUGCAGUGCUGGCCUCUAAUGACUGCUGCUAUUAAAGUGAUUGAUACUGCCCUCAGAGAUGAUUUUGGUUUUAGUCAUAUUCUUUGGGUGUACAGUGGGCGCCGUGGCGUUCAUUGUUGGGUUUGUGAUGGAAAAGCAAGAAGGUUGACAAAUGAACAGAGGGGAGCUGUUGCUGACUAUUUUCGUGUAUACAAGGGCAAUGAAAAUAGUAAUAAGAAGGUUUCUCUGCCGGGUCCUGUACUUCAUCCUUUCCUAGCGAGAUCUUAUACUGACAUUCUUAGGGAAUUCUUCAAGGAAAAACUGCUUUCAAGUCAACAAAUAUUUUCAACUGAGGAGAGAUAUGAGAAGAUUCUAAGCAUGAUUCCUGAUGAAUCUGUUACCUCUGAGCUUCGAGGGAAGUGGCAGGAGAAUAGGCGAUCCUCCAAUGACAUCAAUGUUUCUCGGUGGGAGCUGCUAAAGCAUAUGCUGCAAUCAGGAAAAAAUAAGGCACAAGGGCUGCGCAGAUGUGUCGAAGAGAUUGUGUUUGCCUUUACCUACCCUAGGCUUGAUAUGGAGGUAUCAAAACACAUGAACCAUUUAUUGAAAGCUCCAUUUUGUGUACAUCCAAAAACAGGUCGUGUCUGUAUUCCUAUUGACCCACAAAAUUGUGAUGAAUUUGAUCCUACUACAGUACCAACGCUGUCUGAGCUUUUACAAGAACUUAACACAGGAUGUUUAAGAGCCGAUGUUGAGAAUGAAUGGGAGAAAACCACACUUGGGAAAUCAAUCAUGUAUUUCAGAUCAUCAUUCUUGCAGCCUCUGCUAAAAUCUUGCAAGGAGGAGAUUGAAAGUUCCUAUAAUGCUAAACUUCAGCAAACUAAGAAUUCUUUGAAUUGGUAGUGCUUUCAACAUUUCACCUUCAUUUAUACGUUCAAUAGAGAUCCUCUAGCAUUACCUUUACCAUUUCGUGCACUGUAAGUCAAUAUGGUCACAGUGGAGCUUAGCAACUAUUUGUAAAUUUCAGCUACAUGUUUAAUACUCAAAUCUGGGUUUAGUGCUCAUUUGACAUCCUACUUAAUGCUGCGAAGGGCAACGCUAACCUAUGUAACAUUAUUCCUGUCAUCAGUUGCGAGUGAUCAUAUUGAUGACUGAAAAUUAUGGCAUUUUUUCAUCAAUGUUUAUGGGCUUUGUAUCAGUAGAUAAACAUUCUU